UGUGUGUGUGUGUGUGUGUGUGUGUGUGUGUGUGAGACAGAGAGAAGGGGGAGCUGAUAGCUGAGUCUCCCUCUCCUCCAGCAUCGUUGCCACGGAUCCAGUGUGAGCUAGUCCUUCCCCCCGCACUUGCCUCGUUCUUUGGGGGGACACUUUACUUGGGAUUUACCUCUGGCUCGAUCAGGGAUGGACCUCUGGCUGGUGGCCUUCUCAUCUGGCAAGGACUCCUACAUGGCAGCGUGUGAGGAAACACACACGUCCCCUUAAAAGUACAACAGCUGAAAGCACACAGCCCAGCUGGCUGGACUCAGGCGGCAAGAGCCCGGGCACCACCGGUCAUUCUUGCUGGUUCUUGCCGGGCUUCCUCUGGGUCAAAACGGAUCGGCGGCUCUGGACCAGCAUGAGAGGUGCUCCGGCCGAGUCAUCUCUCCACCGGGGUCCUGUCCUCCCUCCUCCUCUUCGCUCGGCGCAUCGCCCCCCACCAGUGCGCUUUGAUCAGAGAGAGGAGAGAGAGAAGUGCGUGUGACACACGAGGACGCCAGCAGACGCUCUUCUCCGCCGGCCCGGCGCACUUUAAGAUGUUGAGACCUCUCUGCUUCGCCGAAGCUCCCAUCUGGAUCACUUGCACUGCGCCUCCCCCCCGCGGCCAGAGACAUGGACCCCUCGGUGGCCCCCCAGCCAGUCCAGCUGCCAGCCCUGUGAAGGAUGUCCCUCAGCGGUGCUCCAGCUCGGGACCACUCUGAGACCCCCAGCCAGAGAGAGAUUAUCCGCAGCCACAUGAGGAUGGUGAUCGACCAGCUGGAGGGAAUCCUCCUGGAGCUGAAGGAGGUGGCCAAGGAGCUGCGGGAGGUGGUGGGUCAGAUUGACAAGCUGACAUCAGACUUCGACUUUGAUCUGGAGCCAGAUGACUGGACGGUGGCCACUGUGAGCAGCACCUCCAGCAGUGAGCGGGGUCUCAGUGACACCUUCAGACUGGACUUCUUCAACCCCGACGUGCUCUCGGACAGCUGGGAAUUCUGCAGUUUCCUGGAGGGCACCUCUCUGGGCACUGGGCUAAACCAGAAGCCCGCAGAACCGGCGGGGGGGCCGGAGCUGAUGCGGGAUGGCGGAUGCGGGACACCGCCUCCACCACCAAUGACUGCCACAGCCUACUCCCAGAUGAAUGGUGGGCUCCCCAUCCCCAACGGCCCCCUGAGAGUUACCCCUGACUCCUCCAGUGAGGAGGCGUCAAGCUCAACGCACAGCCACAAGACAUCCCGGACCUCUGGCACCAGGGAGCGGGUCCGGUUUAGCGACAAGAUACUGUACCACGCACUGUGCUGUGAUGACGACGAGGAUGAGGAGGGGGAGGAAGGAACACCGGACACAGAUGACGCAAUCAGCCCACCUGCAGCCUCUCCCACACCGACCCUGUCCUCCUCCUCUGACCAAUCCCUCCACAACUGCCUUGACUCCACCUCUGCCCACUCGCCACAGAGGGUUGCAGGGCUGCAGGUUGGACUGGGGGCCACCACAGCCACCAGAAAAGGUCUCCUCCGUCCGGGGAGCCGGAAAAAACUGUUACGGAAUAGCAGCACACAGACUGUCUCUGACAAGAGCACUCAAACCGUACUGCCCUAUAUCCCAGCCAAACAGAAAACAAAGGACCAGCUCUAAGAGGAAGAUCAGAGGAGCCUCCAAGAAUAGUGUAUGAUUUCAUGUGAAACUCAUAAAG